AUGGCGCUUCCCUCUAGCCUCGCAGAGAUGGCCCAGGCCAUGGGUCAUCUCCCUCCUCACGCCUCGGACGACCCCAUUGCCGCCCUCAAGGCCGCUAACUAUAUGGGCAAGGGUCUCAUGGACCCCAUCAAGACCGUCGAGGACAAGUGGCAGCUCGUCCCCGCCUUCCUCCAGGUCAAGGGUCUCGUCAAACAGCACAUCGACUCGUACAACUACUUUGUCGACCACGACCUCAAGAACAUCAUCAAAGCAAACGAGAAGAUCACCUCGGACAUCGACCCCAAGUUCUACCUCAAGUACACCGACAUCACCGUCGGUGAGCCCCGCCGAUACGACGGUGAUGCGUUGCAGCGCCCCAUCACCCCGCACGAGUGCCGUCUGCGCGACAUUACCUACUCGGCGCACAUCUUUGUCAACAUCGAGUACACGCGCGGCUCCAAGAUCAUUCGCCGCAAGAAUGUCGCCAUCGGGCGAAUCCCAGUCAUGCUCCGCAGCAACAAGUGCGUGCUCACCAACAAGUCCGAGAAGGAGCUUGCCAAGAUGAGCGAGUGUCCGCUGGAUCCAGGAGGAUACUUUGUCGUAAAGGGAACUGAAAAGGUCAUCCUCGUUCAAGAGCAGCUCUCCAAGAACAGAAUCAUUGUCGAAGCAGACUCCAAGAAGGGCACCGUCUCCGCCUCCGUCACCUCGUCCACUCACGAGCGCAAGUCCAAGUCCUACGUCCUCACCAAGCACGGCAGGAUCUUCCUCAAGCACAACUCGCUCCACGAGGACAUCCCCAUCGCCAUCGCUUUCAAGGCCAUGGGCAUCCAGGCAGACCGCGAGAUCCUCCAGCUCGUCGCCGGCCACGACGACGUCUACAAGGAGCUCUUUGCCAUCAAUCUCGAGGAGGCCGCGCGGCUCGGCGUCUACACGCGCAAGCAGGCGCUCGACUUUAUCGGCGCGCGCGCCAAGGCAUCGCGCAAGCCCCUCUCCAUGCGACGUCCGCUCGCUGAAGAGGCGCUCGACGUGCUCGCCACCGUCAUCAUGGCCCACGUGCCCGUCGAGCGUCUCAACUUCCGCCCCAAGGCCAUCUACAUUGCCUGCAUGGUGCGCAGGGUGCUCAUGGCCAUGCAGGACGAGAAAAAGGUCGACGACCGCGACUACGUCGGAAACAAGAGGCUCGAACUCGCCGGUCAGCUCCUCGCCCUGCUCUUCGAGGACCUCUUCAAGAAGUUCAACUCGGACCUCAAGCUCAACAUCGACAAGAUCCUCAAGAAGCCCAACCGUACCGUCGAGUUCGAUGCCUUCAACCAGUUUCACUUCAAUGGCGACUACAUCACCUCGGGCUUCGUCCGCGCCAUCUCCACCGGCAAUUGGAGUCUCAAGCGUUUCAAGAUGGAGCGCGCCGGUGUCACCCACGUGCUCAGCCGGCUCUCGUACAUCGCCGCACUCGGCAUGAUGACGCGCAUCAGCUCGCAGUUCGAAAAGACCCGCAAAGUGUCCGGUCCGCGUGCGCUCCAGCCCUCCCAGUGGGGUAUGCUCUGUCCAUCGGACACGCCCGAAGGUGAAGCGUGCGGUCUCGUCAAGAACCUCGCGCUCACCACGCACAUCACCACGGACGUGGAGGAGGAGCCCAUCGCGCGCGUCGCAUUCACGCUCGGCGUCGAGGACAUCCACCUCCUCACCGGCGCAGAGCUUUACCGUCCCGACUCGUUCGUCGUCUACCUCAACGGUAACGUGCUCGGUGUCACGCGAUUCCCACAGCGCUUCGUGAUGCAGUUCCGACGUCUCCGCCGUGCCGGUCGAAUCUCGGAGUUCGUCUCGGUCUACACCAACAAUCACCACCAGACCGUCUACAUCGCUUCCGACGGUGGUCGCAUCUGCCGUCCGCUCAUCGUCGUCGAUGCAGUCACUGGCCAACCGCGGGUCACCGAGGACCACAUCCGACAGCUCAAGUCCGGCGCGCGUCGCUUCGACGAUUUUCUCCAAAAUGGCCUGUUAGAGUAUUUGGACGUCAACGAGGAAAAUGACUCUAACAUUGCUAUUUACGAGCGCGACAUCAAACCAUCAUAUACAACUCAUCUCGAGAUCGAACCAUUCACCAUCCUCGGCGCCGUCGCUGGCCUCAUUCCCUACCCUCAACACAACCAAUCGCCCCGCCUAGCGUAUCAUUUGCGUAUCAUUUUCCUCUGCGCCAUGGCGAAGCAGGCUCAAGGUUCGAUCGGCUACAACCAGCUCGAACGCAUCGACACGCUGCUGUACCUCAUGGUAUACCCGCAAGAACCCAUGGUCAAGACGCGAACCAUCGAGCUCGUCGGGUACGACAAGCUGCCGGCGGGACAAAACGCGAUGGUAGCGGUGAUGUCAUUCUCUGGCUACGAUAUCGAGGAUGCGCUGCUGCUCAACAAGGCAUCGUUGGACCGCGGCUUCGGCCGGUGUCAGACCAUGAAGAAGUCGUCGACGGUAAUUCGCAAAUACCCGAACGGUACUCACGAUCGUUUGGCGGAUGCGCCCGUCGAUGAGACCACUGGCAAACGGCAGAAGCGCUACGACAUCCUGGAAGCGGACGGCAUUGCGGGUGUUGGCGAGCGCGUCGAUCAAGGCGACGUCUACGUCAACAAGCAGACACCUGUCAAUGCCAACGACAACUCGUCCACGGCCAUCAUGAUCGGUGCCUCCAACGCCGCCGCCUCCGUGGCUUACAAGUCGGCACCGCUGUCGUACAAGCCGCCUGUGUCGGGCUACAUCGACCAGGUGCUCAUCACAGAUACUGAUUCUGACCAGACGCUCAUCAAAGCGCUUGUCCGCCAGACCCGCCGUCCCGAACUCGGCGACAAGUUCUCCUCGCGACACGGUCAGAAGGGUGUCUGCGGUUUGAUCGUCCAGCAGGAGGACAUGCCGUUCAGCGACCGAGGCAUCAACCCGGACAUCAUCAUGAACCCGCACGGAUUCCCGUCGCGCAUGACGGUCGGCAAGAUGAUCGAGCUGCUUUCGGGCAAAGCGGGCGUCGUCACGGGUACGCUCCAGUACGGCACGGCGUUUGGCGGUUCUCAGGUUGAAGACAUGUCGAGGUUGUUGGUCGAGAACGGGUACAACUAUGCAGCGAAGGAAACGCUUACUUCUGGCAUUACGGGUCAACCUCUGGAGGCCUACGUCUACUUUGGUCCGAUCUACUACCAGAGGCUGAAGCACAUGGUGCAGGACAAGAUGCACGCCCGAGCGCGCGGUCCGCGUGCGGUCCUGACGCGCCAGCCUACCGAGGGUCGUUCGCGCGACGGUGGUCUGCGUCUCGGCGAGAUGGAGCGAGACUGUCUCAUCGGCUAUGGCGCGACGCAGCUGUUGCUCGAGCGAUUGAUGAUCAGUUCCGACGCCUUCACGGUACAUGCGUGCCAGAGGUGUGGUUUGAUGGGUUACAACGGCUUCUGCCCGUACUGCUCGAGCAGCAAGCACGUCGUCCAGCUCACCAUUCCGUACGGCACCAAGCUGAUGCUGCAGGAGCUCAUGGCCAUGCAAGUCGUUCCGCGUCUUGUGCUCGAGGACGCCAUCUGA